AUGACGACAGGAAAGAGCGACCGCCCCAGGAACUCCGUCCGGGUUGGCUAUCGCGGUACUAAAUUUCUAUUUGUUGAUAUAACCAAGCACCUUUUGCACGAUGGCGAGAAGGAAGUAUAUGUUUCUGCUCUCGGUGGCGCCAUCAACGAAGCUGUGUCCGUUGUGGAGAUGCUGAAGGAUCAGCAAAUGGUGGUUGUAAAAAAAAUCACCACCUCGCGACAGGUCAGUGAGGAACCAGACGACGGCCCUGUCGACAAAAUCGAAAUCGUUGUUACGAAAGCAGAUGGUUUCGACGCGAAAUAUGAAGAGCAACAAAAGGCUCGCGAAGCUAAGAGGCUCGAAAAGGAGAAAAAUGAGAAGGAGAAGGCUACAGCGUAA